CGGCUGGCUACUGUCACACUGGUAUAAAUCCUCCUCUGUAGAUUUAGUCAGCCCUUUCCUCCACGCAAAGCUGCUGUGUGUUCGAGUCCAGGCUACAAAGUAGCUUCGACUUCUUCAGUCAUGGGUGACCAGGCUUUUGUGACGUUGGCUACCAAUGACAACUAUGCUCGGGGAGCCAUGGUUUUGGGCAAGUCCCUCCGCAACCACAACACAUCCAAGAAGCUGGUGGCCCUCAUUGGUCCACAGAUGUCAGAUCCUUGCCGGGACGUGCUGACGAGAAUCUAUGACGAGGUGAGGGUGGUGGAUGUGCUGGACAGCGGCGACACAGCGCACCUGGCCAUGAUGAAGAGGCCUGAUCUGGGCAUCACCUUCACCAAACUCCACUGCUGGACUCUCACACAUUACUCCAAAUGUGUUUUCAUGGACGCAGACACGCUGGUGCUUUCAAAUAUAGAUGAGCUGUUUGACAGAGAAGAAUUGUCAGCUGCUCCCGACCCUGGCUGGCCUGACUGCUUCAACUCCGGUGUGUUUGUUUUCUGUCCGUCUAUGGAGACUUAUGGCAAACUGCUCCAGUAUUGUACAGAACACGGCAGCUUUGAUGGUGGAGACCAAGGUGUUUUGAAUGGCUUCUUUGGAGACUGGGCAACAGCUGACAUAUCAAAACAUCUCCCCUUCAUCUACAACCUCAGCAGCAUAGCCAUCUACACCUACCUUCCAGCAUUCAAGCAAUAUGGUGGCAAUGCCAAGGUGGUCCACUUCCUCGGGCAGACCAAGCCAUGGAGUUACACAUUUGACCCCAAAUCCAAACAGAUUGCAGGAAGCGUGCAUGAGUCGAGCUCACAUCCCACCUUCCUCCUGGACUGGUGGAAACUGUUCUCCAGCGCUGUGGUGCCCAUGAUGCAGGAGCAAUAUGGAGACCAGCCUUUCUACUCCGGAUGUGUGGAGGAUAGCUGCCCUUCAUUUGCACAGUCACUCGAGCCCGAGAUGUCCUCAGAAGAACGGAAGCAGAAAUGGGAGCAGGGCCAGGCAGACUACAUGGGAAUGGACUCAUUUGACAAUAUCAAAAGAAAGCUUGAUACUUUUCUCAAAUAAAGAAGCAAUGAAGCGGGAUAUCAAAAGAGCACUUGCAGUUUAUAAACUGUCACCACAGGCCUUUCAUGAUUUUCACAACUAGAACUGGUUGAGUCUCUCCCUCCACCAGCAUUACCCCCCCUCAUACUCCAAAGACAACGCCGUUUAAAUGGGAAAUGAAAAGUAAAUAUUCUGAACGGCUUUAAUUGUCUAUACAAGACUGUUAAUAUUCAGUGUACCCUGCCACCGGUAUCUGAUCUGCUAAACUGUGAAGAGAAAUUGGAAAGAUUUUUGAUAACACAAAGUCACUCAUUUUGAAGUUUCUUGCAAUAUAAAUUUUGCAAUGUUCUUUUUUGUCAAAUGUUGAACUGGGUCUUUUGUAUCUUUGUCUAAGAUGAGCAGUCACUUAAAUGUACAUUCUUUGUUUUUCAUUUUCUUUCUUUCUUUUUCUUUUCUUUUUUUUUUCUUUUUUUUUACUAUGCAGUCACCUAGCAGUCUUCCAAGCAUUAACAACUUCUUUUCUCAGUUUAUUUCUCGUGCUUUUGAAUUGACUGUCUAACAUGAAUCUAAAAACAUGUUUACAGGACAUCUAAAGGCCAUAGUAUGGUCAUUUAGCCAUACAGCAUAUCCUUAGUGCCUUACUGUGUUUGCUCUCUCUUGCCACCAUCCUAUCUAUUCUUGACUAGCAGCUUUAAUGUAGAAUGUUAGGUUUUUAACUUUCUUGUUGUACUUGACAAGGAUGUUGGCUGUACCACAAUCUUUCAUCUGGAAAUAUUAAAAACACUAAAAUGGAA